UUUCUGUGUUCUCUGUUGUUGCCUGCAGAAUCCCGCACCUCUGCUUUUGCACUGAGAGCCUUCAACGUUGAACUAGCUCAGGCAGAUUAAAGACUCCAUAACACAGAAGACCAUAGGUUUGAUGCGAAUGCAGUUUUGGAGGAAAACUGUGGAAGAUAUAUACUGUGAUAACCCACCACAUCAGCCAGUUGCUAUAGAACUGUGGAAGGCUAUCAAGAAACAUAACUUGACUAAAAGGUGGCUUCUGAAGAUUAUUGAUGAAAGAGAGAAAAAUUUGGAUGACCGAGCAUAUCGCAACAUCCAGGAACUUGAAACAUAUGCUGACAACACUCAUAGCGCUCUCUUGUAUCUCACCUUGGAAAUGUUGGGUGUGCGGGAUAUCCAUGCAGACCAUGCAGCCAGUCACAUUGGGAAAGCACAAGGCAUUGUCACCUGUUUAAGAGCAACUCCGUAUCAUAGUAAAAGACGAAAGGUCUUUCUUCCUAUGGACAUUUGUAUGUUGUAUGGAGUUUCACAAGAAGAUUUCAUAAGAGCCAAUCAAGAGAAAAACGUGAGAGAGGUAAUUUACCACAUUGCCAGCCAGGCGCACGUUCAUCUAGAACAUGCUAGGUCUUUCAGUAAAAAUGUUCCUGUCAAAGCAUUUCCUGCCUUUCUCUAUACAGUUGCUUUAGAGGAUUAUUUAUAUAAAAUACAGAAAGUAGAUUUCAACAUAUUCCAUCCAAGCUUACAUAAGAAGAGUACGUUACUACCAUUGUAUUUAUAUAUUAGAUCCUGGAAAAAAAAAUAUUAAAAAUAGACUUAACA